AUGUCAGUUGAAACAAAGGAGAGGAUUAUAAAACUUCUUCAAGAAGGUAAAUCAUCACGGAAUGUUGCAAAAGUUGUUGGUUGUUCCCAGUCAGCUGUGUCUAAAACCUGGACCAAGUACACGUCAAAUGGGAAGGUGGUUAAAGGGAAGCGUACUGGUAGACCAAGGAAGACAUCAAAGUGUCAAGAUAGAAAACUUAAAGCCAUAUGCCUCAAUCCAAUUGAAAAUCUAUGAUGGAAAUUAACAAAAAUGGUCCAUGACAAGGCUCCAACAUGCACAACUGAUCUGGCAACUGCAAUAAGAGAAAGUUGGAGU